GGAACUAGAGUUGCUCUAUGGGGGUCCAGCCUAUCGAAGCCAUAUGCCUAUAAACCCAGUCUCAAUGAAAGAAUAGGCAUAGUAAAUUGUAUAUGGGCCAUAUUUCUUACAAUAUUGCAUAUGAAAUGAUGUAUAUAAAGUGUUCAUGCUAGCGGUACCUGUUUGAAAUAUAUAUUUUGGAAUUAGAUCAGUGUUUGAAGACAGUUCAAGAUGUUUAAAUGUAGUUUUUUUCCUUUGCUUGAAGAAUUUCAAGGAACAAUGGCAGAAACCCAGACGCUGAACUUUGGACCUGAAUGGCUCCGCGCCCUGUCCGGCGGGGGCAGCGGCAGCAGCGUCGCCUCCCCUCCCCUCUCUCCGGCGCUGCCCAAGUACAAGCUUGCGGAGUACCGCUACGGCAGAGAGGAGAUGCUAGCACUUUAUGUAAAGGAUAACAAGAUUCCUCUAGACCUGCACGAUAAGGAGUUCCUCCCUAUUUUACAAGAGGAGCCCCUGCCGCCGUUGGCACUCCUGCCAUUUACAGAAGAGGAACAGAGAAACUUCUCCAUGUCUGUGAACAGCGCAGCUGUGCUGCGGCUAACGGGACGGGGAGUUGGGCCGGUGGUGGGGGCACCGAGGGGCCGAAGUUCCUCGCGGGGUCGAGGUCGAGGCCGAGGAGAAGGAGGCUUUUACCAAAGAAGCUUUGAUGACGGUGAGGGAGGGUUUGGUCGUGGAGGGAGAGAGAUGCACCGCUCACAGAGCUGGGAGGAAAGGGGAGACAAAAGAUUUGAAAAACCAGGUCGAAAAGAUCCAGUUGAUGCUGCUACAGCCCACUUCCAGCUGAAUCACAUUAGGGCCAACUACGAGGAUGUGGGGCCCGUCCCGGGCAGGAAGCAUGACUUCACGCGCUCCGAGAGCGAGAACUGGCGCGUUUCCCGCGAGGAGCAGAACGGCGAGGACGAUGAGGGCGGCUGGCGACUGGCGGGAUCGCGGAGGGACAAUGACAGGUGGUGCCCCCCCAGCCCAGAAGGCCCGCGUUCGGCAGGCUGGGACCAGCGGAGGUGCUUCCCGUUCGACGGGCGCGAGGAGGAGCGCGGGUACCGGCGGGCCCUGGAGGACGAGCGAGACAGCCUGCCCGAGUGGUGCCUGGACGACGCCGAGGAGGAGACGGGAACCUUCGACUCCUCCGGGGCCUUCCUCUCCCUCAAGGGCAGGGGCACGGACCUCUCCAGCCUCCCACAGAUUAAGAAAGCUCCCAAGGAGCCAAUCCUGGAGGAGGCGGAGCUGGACUUCCGGCCGGCGGAGGAUUGCGAGCCGCACAUCGAUCCAGACGAGACCAAAGAAACGGACACCCCCGCUGGGAUGGAGGCGGACGGGAAGGAGGACUCUGGGAAGGCGGAGGAAGAGGCGGCCCCUCCCCCGUCGUCGUCGCCCCCAUGCCCAGCAGAACCCCAGCUCCAGCUGGCCCUGCACUCUCCUCAGCCCAACGGCGAGGACACAGCUCCCGCCCCCGAGGCGUGGCCGGAGCCCAGUAAAGCCCCGCCCUCCAUCGCCCCUCCCGCCAGCACAGCCACACAGCAGCAGCAGCAGGUUCGCCCCUCCCUCCCGGAAGCCGUGGCCCCAACGAUUGCCACCGCACAGCUACGGCGGCCCCCAGACACGCCCCAGCUGGUCCCCGGGCCCCUGGCGUUUCCGGCGGGCAUCAUGGCUCCCGUCGGGCAGCCGGAGGCCUCGCCGCAGGACUUGGACGACGAUGAGGGACUGAAGCACUUUGAGCAAGAAGCGGAGAAGAUGGUGGCAUACCUCCAGGAGGACGACAAGCUCUCCGCCCAGGGCCUGGAGCCCGCCAAGCCCACGGCCCUCCCGCUCUCCCACGAGGCUGCGCUCAAGUGGUUCUACAAAGACCCUCAGGGAGAGAUGCAGGGACCCUUCUCCAACCAGGAGAUGAUGGAGUGGUUCCAGGCGGGGUACUUCACCAUGACCCUGCUGGUUAAACGGGGGUGUGACGAGCUCUUCCAGCCCCUCGGCGACCUCAUCAAGAUGUGGGGGCGGGUCCCUUUCACGCCUGGCCCCUCCCCCUCGCCCAUGCUGAAUGAAACGCAUGCAGCCUGUGUGGUUGGGGCGGCCUGUAGCAUAGUGGUUAAGGGGGACGUGGACCAGGAGAGGCUGAAGAGACAGCAGGAGCUCACCGCCCUCAACCUGUACCAGCUGCAGCAGCUGCAGUACCAGUACCUCCUCAGGCAGCAGUAUGCACAGGCCCUGGCCCAGCAGCAGAAGGCUGCCACCCUGGGGGCCCCUCAGCAACAGCAACAGCAGCAGCAGCACCUCAACCUCCUGCUGCAGCAGUACCAGGCCCUCAAGAUGAGGUCGUCUGAACCUAGCCUGGUUCCGCCCGUGACCCGGUCCAUGUCCGUACCCGACUCGGGUUCGGUUUGGGAACUGCAGAACCCGUCGUCUCAGGCCUCGGCUUCCCCCACCUUACCCCACGUGACCCGCAAUGCGUGGGAAGGGGGCAGCGUGUGGGAUCUGCCCGGGGAUUCCAUGGCACAGGCUCCUUCCCUGGAGCAAAUCCAACAGCUAGAGAAGGCCAAAGCCGCGGCGGCAAAGCUGGAGCAGGAGCGCAGGGAGGCGGAGGUGCGGGCGAAGAGGGAGGAAGAGGAGCGUCAGCGUCGGGAGGAGGCGCUCCUGGCCCAGCAGGAGGAAGAGCGUAAACGCAGGGAGGAAGAGGAGCUUGCUCGACGGCAGCAGGAGGAGGCGCUGAAGCUGCAGCAGGAGCAGGAGGAGGCGCUGCGCAGGCAGAAGGAGGAGGAGGAAGAGGAGGCGCGCCGGCUGCAGGAGAGGAAGAGGAGGGAAGAGGAAGAGCGGAGGCAAAGGGAAGAGCUGCUACGCAAGCAGGAGGAGGAGCGCAGGAAGCAGGAGGAGCUGGACGCUCUGCGCCGGCAGGAGGAGGAGGCGCGGCAGGAGGAGGAGGCGCGGCUGCAGCAGCAGGAGGAGCAGAAGAGGCGGGAGCAGGAGCUGCAGAGGCAGAGACAGCAGGAGGCGCUGCGGAGGCUACAGCAGCAGCAGCAGCAGCAGCAGCUGGCCCAGAUGAAGCUCCCGUCUUCCUCCAAGUGGGGCCAGCAGGCUGCCACCUCCCUGCCCCUGAGCCAGGCCCAGAACGCGCUGUCUCUGGCCGAGAUCCAGAAGCUGGAGGAGGAGAGGGAGCGACAAGCCCUGGAGGAGAGGCGGCAGCAGCAGGAGCUGAUGAGAGCCAUCCAGCAGCAGCAGCAGCAGCAGCAGCAGCAGCAGACCCAGGCCCAGGCCCAGUCUCGCCUCCCCGGCUGGGGCAGCGGCGCCCGCCAGCCCCCCGCCACGCCCAAGUCCCUGCUGGAGAUCCAGCGGGAGGAGGCCCAGCAGAUGAAGCAGAGGAAGGAGGCUCCGCCGUCAGGCUGUCCCCAGCCCAGCCGCACCAGCAGCAGCAGUCACUCCGUGUGGGGGUCGGUGAGCAGCGGCAGCCCGCAGUGGGGCUCGGACGCCGGGAACAUCUGGAGCAGCCCGGCCGACGCCAGCAACGCCAACCUGGGCUUCUGGGACGAGGCAGUGAAGGAGGCGGCGACCACCCCUCUGCAGAAAAACACCGCCAAGAAGAACAAGAGCAACGCCAACGCUAGCCACUCCUCGAGCAGCCGGGCCAAUAAGAAGGUGGAGGAGGAAGUGAAGCUGCUGAAGCUGUUCCAGGGGCUGAAUCAGGCUCAGGACGGGUUCACACAGUGGUGUGAGCAGACCCUGCAUACGCUCAACACCGCGAACAACCUGGAUGUGCCCACGUUCACGUCGUUUCUGAAAGAGGUGGAGUCGCCGUACGAGGUGCAUGACUAUGUCAGAGCCUACCUCGGAGACACGCCCGAAUCCAAGGAAUUCGCCAAGGACUUUCUGGAGCGCCGUGCCAAUCAGAACGCCAACCACCAGAAAGCACAGGCACAGCCACAGCCACAGGCACAGCCACAACCGCUAACGCAGCCCGCGCGGCAAACGCCCCAGCAGAAACCGCAGCAGCAGCAGCAGCAGCAGCAGCCGGAUUCGGUGUGGGGCGGGAACCAGCCAGGCAAUCAGUCAAUUUUCCAGUCCAAUCACAGCAGCCUGCAGCAGGCCCGCUUUGAGACGGUCACAUCAGGGAAGAAGAAGAAGAAGCAGAAGAUGGUACGAGCUGACCCCAGCCUGCUAGGUUUUUCUGUUAACGCCUCAUCAGAAAGGUUGAACAUGGGGGAGAUCGAGACGGUGGAGGACUUUUGAGGCGGUGGGACGGGACUGGUGUCAACCCCGCCCGAAUAUCUGUGCUCCCAGACAGCUGCCACGUCGUCCUAUCACCUGUUGUUUUUUUGUUUUUUUUGGAUCUUUUUAUGUUUUUAUUCCUCCCCACUUUUAUUUUAUUUUUUAAGUUCAUUGUCUGGAGGGGGAUGCAACCGCUCCACCCCCAGUCAAAAGGGCCUACCACAACCGCCGUGUUUUCGGUGAAGUGACAAUAGGAACCAGUCGGAGGCAAACUUGACUGAAGCUGUGGUGAGGAUGGACAACUGCUGGCUUCAGCUCCCGGGGGUCGUUAAACGCGGUUCUCCUGGAAGGUCAAAACCUACUCCCCCGUCUCAAAGGGACGUUAACAGGCAGGGCCAGGGUUUCAACACACGGUGGGGAGGGGUAGUGGAGUCGACUUCCCUUUUUUUGGGAGUAGCAGAGUGCGGUGUGAUCAGUUUGGACAUGGGGUGGAAGAGUCUAGAAGAAGGAAGAACGC